CUCACACACACACAAGUAAAAAAAUCUGAACACGGAAAGCAACUCAGAAAAUAAAUAAACAAAUCCACACGCCUGCAAAUUCAAUCUAAUCCCCCUAUUCAAACCCUAAAAACAUUCACCACUACUGCACACACACAUAUAUACACAUAUACAUACACACUAGUGGUAUGUGUAUGGGACCACCAAAUGGGUGGAGCAUAGCUCGAGGAUUAGUAGUAAAAACACUGAUUUUAAUCGGUGGUGCUCUUUUGAUUAAACGUUUGACCAAGUCAACCACUCGUUGGGACCAUGCUCGUAUCGUUUCUCAAUCCCUCACAGGCGAAAAGUUUUCAAAGGAACAAGCAUCUAGAGAUCCUGAUAAUUUCUUUAAUUUAAGAUGGCUUUCUUGUCCGGCUGCGGAUAUGGUAGAUGGAUCGAAAGUUCUAUAUUUCGAGCAAGCAUUUUGGAGAACUCCUCAUAAGCCAUUUAGACAGAGGUUUUCUAUGGUGAAGCCUUGCCCGAAGGAGAUGAAAUGUGAUGUUGAGUUGAGUACAUAUGCCAUUCGAGAUGCAGAGGAGUAUAAAAACUUCUGUGAUCGCCCUAGGAACCAGCGUCCGCAACCUGAAGAAGUAAUAGGGGAUGUAGCGGAACACCUAACCACCAUAUACCUCAAGCGCUGUGAACGAGGGAAACGGUGUCUGUAUGAGGGUUCAACACCACCUGAUGGCUUCCCAAAUUCAUGGAAUGGUGCGUCGUAUUGUACCUCGGAACUUGCUGUCUUGAAGAAUAAUGAGAUCCAUACAUGGGAUAGGGGGUAUGACGAGGAAGGAAAACAGGUUUGGGGAGUGAAGAAUGGUCCUUAUGAAUUCAAGCCUGCACCUGGGCCUGGACCUGCAUCUACUUCUGUUGAUAUAGUAUCUCCUUUAAAUUUCCCCCCUCUUUCUAUAGGUAAAGGGAUAGAAGGUUCUUUUGUUCUUCAAGAAUAACUACAUGUGUUAGAAUUACCUACAAUAUGUAUAGCUAUGCAAUGUAACAUUCAAUCUUUCUAUUUAAUGUUCAAAGUAUAGUUUUUGAUC